AUGGAUGCCGAUUCACGCUUAAAAGCCACAUGUUCAUUUGCAAGUGAAGCAACAGUUGCACACAAAGGGAGCGGUGUGCUGGCACCAUCGCCCCUUUCGCAAAAGCCGCUUUAUCCACCAUCCUAUAAUGGCGAUGACAACACCAAUACCAUGUCAACAGAAAAGCAUCAACCCAUAGAACGAUCACAACGUAUCAAAAGCAAAAUGACAAAGACCAAGUCGCUGUUGUUGAAGUUGUUGAAGAAGUACUGGUUCCUUCUCGGACUUGCAUUUGUCAUUUCUUUGGCAUACGCAGCCCCCGAUGUGGCGAGAAAAGGCGGCUACAUCCAUGCUGAAUGGUCGAUCAAGUGGGGUGCUGUUAUUAUCAUCUUUUUGAUUUCGGGUCUAUCGCUUCGCACACGUAUACUCACUCAAACUUUUAUGCGUAUACGGUUGCAUCUACUUGUUCAGCUCAUCAACUUGGUCAUUAUCCCAUUCUUUGUAUUUGGACUUGUACUGCUGCUAUUCAAGCUGCAUGUUCCAAUGAACUCGUUAGUGCUCAUGGGCGUGGUGAUUGCAGCAAGUACACCUACCACCGUGUCAUCCAAUGUUGUCAUGACCAAAGCCGCUAAGGGAAAUGAAGCAACAGCAUUGAUGAAUGCAGCCCUUGGAAACGUACUUGGCAUCUUCAUUUCACCUGCGCUUGUGGAUACCUUCCAGGAACCUUUAAUUGACGCAACUCCAGAGAAUGAAUCAGCUCAAGCCGGUGGCAAAGUCGAUUUCGUUCGUGUACUUAAGCAACUUGGCAUCACAGUGCUGAUCCCACUAGUCGUUGGGCAGAUUAUUCAGAUCAUGUUUACCGAAAAAGUUGCCAAGAUCAAGGUGAAAUGGCGCCUAUCCGAUGUAAGCAGCGUUUGCUUACUCACCAUGGUGUGGUCCGUUUUUUGCGAUGCGUUUUACUCAGGCUCAUUCAACUCAGUGGCCGCUACCGACAUUGUUGGCGUUGUCAUCAUGAACAUUGGAUUUUAUCUAUUGUUCUCCUUGUUAGCUCUUUUCCUCGCACACAUUCCACUCCCUUCAUCCAUCCGUGAGCCAUCAUGGGUUUCUCGUCUACGUUACAAUCGCGAGGAUACCGUUGCUGUUAUGUUUUGUGGAGCAACCAAGACUGUAGCUAUGGGUGUGCCAUUGAUCAAUGUGCUAUAUCAAAAUGGUGAUCCAGGCACUAUUGGGGUGCUAUCAACGCCACUCUUGUUGUAUCACGUCGAGCAACUCAUUCUAGGCAACAUCGAAGUUGAUAUUCUUAAAAGAUGGGUAUUACACGGGCAGCAACAACAACAGCAACAAGAAGAAGAUGUACCAUCAUCGCCAACCAAGGACAUGAUGCCGCCACACCGUGACCUUGAGGAUCAAUCCUUUGUUCAUCAUCAUCCACCUGCUCCACCACCACCUGUCAUCAUUCAACCUCCCUAUGGAAAGCAUCAGCAACAAUGUGGCAAGGGAUCGUCUCCACCCGUUUCACCUGCAGAAACAGUACAAGCCAAUGUUGGCUAUCUCAAUCAACAGCAUCCAUUAUUUGACAAGCAUGCAUCAUCCAGCACAAUGGAAGCAAGUUCUUUGGUGGGCGAAGAUGACAUGGAUAAGGAGCACAAGGAUCUUCAGAGCAACCUUAGUGCCACACGGAUCGAAAAGACAGCUGCUGAUGAUGACGAGGAUAUCUUCAGCUCUCCAUUCUUUACAGCAGAUACAGCCAGCAUCUCCCUGGAUACGUCACGUUUUUCUACAGACACGUUGGCUACUGCUUACCAUAAUCAUCGUUUUUCGGAACCCGUUACUAUGCCUCAGCAUCCACCUCCAAAAUCGCAACGCAGGUCGUGGUACCGAUAG